GCCAACGAAGAGAAAGUCAUUCAUCCACUGCAACAGUUUGCAUUCAAACUGGCAUGUUAAUACAGCGUUUAGGUGUUUGUGUAUUGUUGAUGCACAACAAAGAUAACUUAAGCCUGUUGCAAUAGCUCAUUCAUAGUCAGGCUUUUCUUCCUGAAGUUUAUAACAUCGCUACAACAUUCAUUUGCAUAAUGCUAAUAAAAUGGUUUGUUGGGAUUCUGUAAGUUGUAUAAAAAUAAUAACAUUCAAAGGAAAACACAGGUGAUAUAAGUACAUGUAAAAUGGUUAAUACAGCAGUGAAAUCCAUAAAUGGGAGUUAAAUCCAAACUUUUAAACCAAAAACCCUUAAAUCUUUCAAAAUUGAACCGCACUAUGAAUAGAUUAUUGAUCUUGAGAGUUUUCAAUACUCAAAGAGUCAUAGUGCAGCCAUAUGUUUUACACAUAAGUUUUAAACACUCUGAUGAGUCGUUAGUGUCAUUUUGCCAAUGCAACAGGAAUUGAUCCCAUAAGAAAAGGGUCUAGAUGGUAAAAGUGAAAAAAUCCACAUAAAGAGUGACUUGUAAAAGUCCUGAAUAGUUAAAGCAAUACGAUAGCAUAAGCCACAGUAGAUUUUUAAAUUUAAAAAAUAAAUAAGAAAGCUAAGAGAUUCAACUUCCUGUGCAAAUCCUUGAAUGGUCCAAAGAAAAGAAACACAUCAUAAUUCUUAUAAAUAGUGAUUUAAAAGUAGAAGAUACACUUGAAAUAUGACAAAACAAGAGAAAAUGAUACUAAAUGAUGAGUUAUCUGAAAAAAGUAAAUGCUGCUAAAAUUAACAAAUAACAAAAGUUUUUUUUAAGUAAUAAGAAUCUUUGCAAAUUAAUAUUUUAAAUUUGUAUUUUUUUAAUAUUUCCAUAAAAAUUUUGAUUAAAAAAACAACAAUCUAAUCAUGACACGAUGAAAUCUUAACUUCUAGCCAAUCAGGUAACGCAGAGAAAGUCACGUGACCAGCAAAAAGCGACUUCAGAGGAAAAAAACAGCACCCCGAAAAAGUUCAGUAAAUAGAGGGAAAUUAAAGCGGACAAAAGUCUACAGAGCCUGAAGACUCAGAAGAAUCUCCCUGCUGGGGUCAAAGGCUGAUGGCUGGUUGCCAUGGGCCGUAGGAAGCAGCCCCGCAAGGCCACACACCGCUCCUCAGUCCUAAAGACACGGCGCCUAAAGCUCUUCAGACUCAGAGAAACAAGCGUGAGCGGCAGUCCUAGUAGCUGUGACUCUCUGGGCCGUCUGCCGCAGAUGAAGCUGAGAUGUUGCUCCACCUCGCUCAAAAUGAGUUCCUGUUCCUUUAAGGGAUCUCUCCAGCGCUCAGAACUCACGCAGCCUGUAUUCCAUAUUCAGAGGGCGUCCAGCGGCGGAGUGUGGAAUCUCCUGUGGCAACUGAGCAUCAAGCAGAGAUACUUAUCAGCAUGAACACAGAGACGUAUCCUAAAGUUGCAUCCCAGGAAGGAAACGGGAUGGAAGCUCCCAGGGAUGCAGAGUUGAAGCAACAAGAGGAGGAAAAGGAGAAGCAGGCGAACUCGAUAAAUGAGAAUGGAUUGCAUUGUGAUGAAAAAGUUUCAGAUGCACGAGUGAUAAAAACUGAAGCCGAGGAGACAGAAGGUGAUGAGGGCUAUGGGAAAGAGGCGAAGGUUUUACCAAAGGAGGAAGUGGAGGGAGGCAGCGAGGAGGAGUUUGACGAGGAGAGGAUGGAGGAGGACAACGAUGAAGAGCAGGACAUGGAAGGGGAUGAAGAGGGGGACUCCCUAAACAACCCGGAGGACCUGUCGCUGGUGGACUACUCGCGCUACGAAGACCCUAACCUGCCCAACCCCGCGACUGAGCCCUCCCACGUCACUGAGGCCGGGCCUCCCCGCGUUCAGUCGCAAGGCAAGCUAAGCUGCGACAUCUGUGGCCUGUCCUGCAUCAGCAUUAACGUGCUGCUCGUGCACAAGCGCAGCCACACGGGUGAGAGGCCUUUCCACUGCAGUCAGUGUGGGGCCUCCUUCACCCAGAAGGGAAACCUGCUUCGCCACAUCAAACUGCACUCCGGGGAGAAGCCUUUCAAAUGCCCGAUGUGCAGCUACGCCUGCCGCCGCCGUGACGCCCUGAGCGGGCACCUGCGCACCCAUUCUGUGGAGAAGCCGUUCAAGUGUAACCACUGCAGUCGCAGCUACAAGCAGAGGAGCUCUCUGGAAGAACACAGGGAGAGGUGUCAUGUGUACAUCCAGAGCAAGGCCGGCGCGGAAAGAGAGGACAGCCACACAUCCAGGUCUCAGAUGGGCCCAGAGCGCGCGCUGCUGCUCGACAGACUUGCCAGCAACGUUGCCAAACGGAAGAGUUCGAUGCCGCAGAAGUUUACCGGUGACAACGGCGUCUGUCUGGACCUGAGCUUUAACAGGGAUCUGGUUCACCGCUCUGAUGUGAAGGAGCAUCCUCCGGGCUCUCCAGGGUCCAACGGCCAACUGGGGUCCAUCUUCUCAGGCCUAGAUAGCGACCCCCCUCCCUCCCACAGGUCGUAUCCCAUCCCAUUGAAUCGCACUGACAUCAUCACCAACGGCCACAAGAUGGGCAUGCCGCCCCUGGGUCUCCCCCUUGGCUCUCAGCCCCCCGUCAGCUUGGAUUCGUUCCACCCCGAUGGCUCCCAGAUGUCCCAGCCUGUCGUGUACAGCUUAGGUCCCCUGCUUGGGGGGGGUCUGAGCCAUCAGAACGGCAUCCCCCAGCCGAUGUCGCUGUCGCCCCUGGAGGCCAUGCGAUUGAUGCGGGCCGACGGGGAGGCCGGGGUGCCGUCCGGGUCCGUGUACCCCUGUGGCCACUGCAGGGUGAUCUUCCUGGACUACGUCAUGUUCACCAUCCACAUGGGGUGCCACGGCUUCCGCGACCCGCUGGAGUGCAAUGUGUGCGGCCACCGCAGCCGGGACCGUUAUGAGUUCUCCUCCCACAUAGCCCGCGGCGAGCACCGCCUAGAACUGAAGUAGCUCGCAGACAGGUGCCACUGGGACAGAUGACGGUUUACUCAUACGAGUAGCUGUAGUAUCAGAAAUGAAAGUAUGAAGUGGGAGCUGAGCUUUAUCUUUGAGUGUAUGAGUGAGAAUUUGAGGAGACGUUGUAGGAGGGUAACGGGUCCUCUUAACCACCAUGCACUCAUAUGAAAAGACGGUCUGUUAUGUGACUUUGUUCCAAACUGCAGCCGCUGUUUGUAGCAUAAAGUCGUGCAAAUGCAAACCAGAGGCCAACCCCCCCCCCAAAAAAAAUACCAGUGCUUUUAUUGUGCAUUGACUGCUGUUUAUCUGAGUGAAGAUGCAAAAAUAAAAGUCAGCCCUUCCUCCUUUGCACGUUGCCAAUUCAAGACUGCAAAAAAAAAAAAUCCUAUUAUCUCGAAGGUCACAUGUCUCUUUUUUUAGGCUGUGGUUUUCUGAGAGGUGCAGUUCACAGCUUCAAAGGACAUCACUUCACUCUGCACGCAGCGAUGGUUUCUCCCUCCACAAAAUUUCAGUCAUCAGGCGCUCCUGCAGCGCAGAAACGCCUCACAGCUCUGCAGAGUCGCUUUUCCUGCGCUAAAGAGCCAUCCUGAGAGGGUUGACAUUUCAUCUCAGUUUGCAAAGAAAGGAAACGACGAGGGGCUUUCUAACCCACCUGCUGGUGGAAGGGUGGUACUGCAUGCAGGAACAGUUGCGUGUUGCAAUGGAAACCUGGAUGCUUUCAAAAUUAGGAUUAAACUGAUUAUUUAUGCCCCCAAAAAAUGUGAUAUUCGAGUCAAAAGUAAAGGCUUUUGCUGUAAUGGGUGGAGUUUUUUGUCUUGCAUACCAACAGGAUCUUUUGGGCUGUGUCUGCUCAUGGAUGCGCGUCACCCACACAGCAGUGCAGGAACUUCUUCACGCCUUGCUGCCUUCAGACCAGAAGAAACUGUGAGCUUCAUCCAGCUGCUGCCUUGCUAUCUGUCCUCUACAUCCACACCAGUUCCCUUUUUCUCUCUUGAAAUUUUAAGAAGUGACACUUCUGAGAGAACUGUCAUCACAGCUUCGACUCCAUGUGUUAGAUAAAAUAGCCCAGUCACCCAUUUCUGCUAAUAGAUUAAAAAAAAAAGUUUCUGCUUCUCUUUUUCCAAAUAUAUUUGUCUCUCUUUGGGGCGUUUGUCUCCUGUGACGUUCGGUGGCGUAAAAAUUGGACUAUAACUCCAGUUUGUAUUUUUUAGGGAUGUGAAAUUGGGAGCUGGGUUCAGAAAAAAAAAGGUUUUGCCCAAACUUUG